AUGGCGUCAGAUAGUGAUUAUGAUAUAUUUGAUUAUAAUUCAAGUCAAGAUCCUUUCGACAUCGAUUAUCAAAUUGAUCGAUUUGAACUUCGUCAAUAUUUAAAAUUAAAAAAAAGUAAAGAAAAAUUAAAGAAAUCUUCAUGUCCAAUCUCAUUGAAAGCUCUCAAAUCCCAACCAAAACUAGUUAAAGUUAAUUGUAUGAACGACAAAAUAACUCGUCAAGCUGAACAAAAAUCAUUUCGUUCUGAUCGUUUUUUAAAAAAGUCAAAGAUUUUCGAAUGUGAUGAAAAAUUUCAUGUAAAAUCAACAAUUCUAUCUAAUCCCCUAUCAACAUAUCUAUCAAAACAAUCAAUCGAUGUUCAAUCAAAUGUGUCAUCAAGUUCCUCGAAAAUAUUCGAAGUUGAACAUUUUCAAAGUUUUUCGAACUUUCGUCGUCAUUUUUAUCGUAUUAAUCAUCGAAAAAUAAAAUCUUCUCUUCAAGAUCAUCCUAGUAUUGAUAUGACUGAUAUUCGUCUUGCACCUAUCAACGAAUCUGUCCAAAAAGAUUUUAUGAAAAGGUUAAAUGAAAAUACUUCUUACUUCCCAGAUUUAGUUUAUCAUGGUACAAAAUUAAAUAAUAUCGAAAGUAUUCUUCGUUAUGGAUUUUUGAUACCAAAUCAAGUUCAUCCAUCUAAUAGCAAAGCACCUACUAUUGUUUCAGCAAAUGGUCAAGCAUUUGGUAGUGGAAUUUAUUCAAGUCAUUCAGCUGUUUAUUCAUUAUCAUAUGUUAAUGCUACCAAUACUCUUUUAGGAUGUGCAGCAAUACCAAAACGUGACAAUGUUGGAAAAAUUGAACGUUCUCAUGGAAAUAUAUUAGUUUUAUCUCAUGUAUCACAAAUUAUACCAUUAUUUUUAAUUGAUUUUAAAUAUUUAGACACAUUAAAUAUGAAUUAUCCUUGCUUUAAUGAAGUAAAGCAAUCUAAGAUAUAUAACAAGAAUAAAAUAAAAAAACUUGUUAUUAUUUCAAGAAAAUAUUUACGAAAAGUAUUAAAAUACAUGAAUGAUGAAGUACGAAAGAACAAUCGAUAUCAAGUGCGAUCAUUUGAAUUCUUUAAUUGA